UGCGAUCGCAUGUCGCGUGGAACGUGAAGUCGUUCCGUUAAGCUUAUCGGUUUUCGAUGGAUAUGAAAAUACAUGGAUUUUGCUCGAAAACGUCAAGUAUGAAACGAACGAUUGCUCUGUAUUUAAUUAAUGUAUACAUAUCGUUAGCGUUUUGCAAUGCUGAAGAUAUUCUAGGAUGCGGAGGAUUUUUGAAAAGUCAUGCCGAUAUCGAUUUUGCAAAAGUUCAGAUAAAAUUGUACACAAAAGCUGGAAGUCUCAAGGAUUCCACAGAGUGUGCUCCAAACAAUGGAUAUUAUUUUCUUCCUUUGUACGAUAAAGGAGAGUAUGUGCUAAAGGUGGAUCCACCCAGAGGAUGGAGCUUUGACCCUAUGGAAGUCUUAUUGAACGUGGAUGGAGCUACCGAUGCUUGCAGUCAAGGCAAAGAUAUUAAUUUUACCUUCAAAGGCUUUGGCAUCACUGGCAGGGUUAGUGGCUUGGGAUCGCAUAUCGGACCCAAAGAUGUGUCCGUUGCCUUGUAUAAUGAGGGUAGUGAGAAAGUUCCCGUUGGAACAACGACUACCGCGGAAGGAGGCACGUUUUAUUUCACACCUGUACAGCCUGGAAAUUACAUACUAGUCGCGUCACAUCCACGCUGGACAAUGGAGAAGGACACUGUCAAAGUGACGGUGCGUGAAGGCAACACGGAGCUUCGGGACGAUAGCCUAGUAGUUUUUGGGUACGAUGUGAGCGGUCGAGUAACCAGUGAAGAAGAACCUGUUAGCGGCGUGACGUUUAUCCUGUUUGGGACUGGAGCGGCCAAGAAUUGCGCAACCACGACCAUUAACAAAGAGCUUCUGUCCAAGAACCCGAUUUGUCACGUUGUCUCGGACAAAACUGGCAAGUUCGUGUUUCCGAGCGUGUCAAUCGGAGAAUAUAAAUUAAUCCCAUACUACGCCGGUGGUCAAACCAAAUUCGAUGUUCAACCAUCCGAGCUCUCGUUCAGAGUGGAUGACAACAGCAUCACAUUGCGUCCAGGAUUCAAAGUAACAGGCUUUACGGUGAGCGGAUUCGUUCGUACGGCUAUCGACGGAGAUCCACUGCCGGGAGCGAAGAUCUUAUUGGCGCAAAAAGAAGUCACGACGACUGAUGCGAACGGGAAGUAUGUGCUGGACAACAUGAAGGCUGGCCAGUAUCUCGUGAAAGCAGAAGCUGACAAUGUACUUUUUACCGAAAAAUCGGUCAAGAUCUCGCCGAGUUCCUCAGAACUUCCGGUUUUAACACCGUCGGCCUAUAAAGUUUGCGGGAAAGUCACGUUGUCGGCGAAAGGGACGUUACACCAUCGAAAAGUUUCCGCGCAGAACACUGCCGCCACCUUCGAUAAAGAAAUCGAAACUGACCCGAAAACCGGAGAAUUCUGUACCUAUCUCGGGCGUGACAGAUAUCAGUUGAGCGUGGUCGUCAGCUCGGAGGAAAGGGACAAGGGCUUGCAAUUUUUUCCUUUGCAACAGACGAUCGACGUAUCGUCUCGACCGGUACGCGACGUGAACUUUUUGCAGCUGAAGGCGACUUUAACGGGUACGGUAAAAUGUCUGCCGGGAACCGAUUGCAGCCACGCUUCCGCUACUCUGAAAAUACUCGACGGUAUUACGAUAAAGACGAUACAGUCGAAGGAUGGCCAGUAUCAGUUUACGGACGUGUUACCCGGUCAUUACGAGGUGCUGAUAGACAACGAUGUCUUCUGUUGGGAGCAUUCCAGUUACAGGAUAUCGGUAACCUCGGAACGCGCUGAAGUGCCGACAUUUGUACAGACCGGAUUUUCCGUUACUUUCAUUUCGUCCCACGACACAGCGGUGGUAUAUUCGGAGCCCGGCGAUUUGACGAGACUAACUUUAGUUUUGAACAAAGGAAGUACAAAGCAUUGCGUGUCCAAGCCAGGAGCGUACGCUUUCACGCCGAAAGGUUGUCACGUUUACGAACGAUCGUCCUACGCGUGGGACACCAGCAGUCUUUCCCCUGUCUUAUUGCACUCUACCGAACACACUCACAAGGGAAGCAUUCAGAGUGUUGGCUCGUUAAACGAUGUUAAAGUAAACAUUGAAAACGCUGGCGACGUUACCACAUUGGGUCCAUUGAAACCCGUGCAACAGGGUAGUUUCUACAAAUAUGAGUUCGAGUUCAAGGCGAGGACUGACAACAUCUAUGUGAUAACACCGUUGUCGGACAUACUGCUGUUUAGUCCUCCGUCGCUGAAAGUUCUGGCCGUAAACGAUUGCCAAAACGAUGUCGCUUCGUUUGUCGGUGACUUGGGAAAGAUUAUUGCAGGGCAAAUCAGUCCAGCCUUGGAAGGUGUUAGCGUGCAGAUAUUCGGAAGCGACAGAACUUCCCCGGUGCACACGUUAGUCACGCAAAAAGAUGGAACAUACAGUGUCGGUCCUUUGGAUGGAAAAGUUGAUUACAGUGUAACCGCAGAGAAAGAGGGAUAUGUCAUUACUGGGCCAGAUUCCAGCGGAGUAUUUUUGGCGCACAAGCUGGCCGAGAUUAUCGUUCAAGUUUCCGACAAAGCUGACAACGCAUCGCUACAGGGUGUCCUUCUCUCUCUGUCCGGCGGACAAAGUUAUCGAAAGAACAGCGUGACCGGCGAGGACGGAAAAUUAAUUUUUAAUUCCUUGUCCCCCGGGGAGUAUUAUUUGAGACCGAUGAUGAAGGAAUAUCGUUUCUAUCCGCCGUCGAAGAUGAUCCAAGUGACGGAAGGUGCGACCGUGCAGGUGGAGUUGUUGGGUAGAAGAGUCGCGUUCAGUGCCUAUGGAUCCGUAAUAUCGUUGAACGGGAAGCCGGAAGCUGGCUUACUCGUGGAGGUUCAAGGACAGGGUGAUUGUAGCAAUCUCCAGGAAGAAGCGACCACCGAGGAGAACGGAAACUUCCGAAUCAGAGGACUUCAACCGAUGUGUACAUACGCGUUUCGAUUGAAACCCGACGCAGAGGUUAACGCAUACAUCCACCGCACCAGCCCCCACUCUAUAACGGUGCAGACCUCGCAAGACGUUCACGGUCUUCGAUUGAUCGCGUUUCACCCACUAUUGCGCACCGACGUGUCCGUCCACGUUGUAUCCGUGCAUCCGGAACAUUAUCGAACGUUAAAAGUGAAGCUCUGUAGAGAGGACAUGCCCGACUCUCCGAUUCAUUCGAGCAAACUGGACGCUCAGCCAUUGAACAAAAUCGGGAAUAAUUAUAACGCCGGUUUUCUCGUGCAUCUGCCGCCGUUGCAAGCCGAUGGAAAAAAGUACUUCGUACAACUGGAGUCCUCUCUGCCGCAAACGAUGCACAAGUACAGAACCGUGCCGUUUUAUUUCGAGGCGAACUCGUCGUUCAAGCACGUCAAGCUGACGUUUAACGCCGAACGAAAAGUCGACUCGAGCGACAUGAGUCAAACGUCCGUGAUCGCGUUGCCGUUUAUUAUGCUGGUCGCGUUCGCGUUUCUCAACCGCGAGAAGAUCUGGACUUGGUUGAACGCGUCGAUCGAAAGACGGUCGAAACCGUCUCCGAGCUCGAGGACCUCGAUACAGGCUGUCCCCAUCGAUCCGAGAGCGGACGACAUCAUUGUCGAGCAUAUAAUGAACAUUAACAAGAGAAAAAUGAAGCCGCGUAAGACGUAAUCGAUCGUUCCUUACUCUACUACUAUACUAUAUACUAUACUUACUACUAUACAAAGACCGUUUUUUAGAGAUCGACGGCGUCCAAACGCUCCAUAAACACAAGCCAAACUCACGGUGUACAUAUCGCGAAGAAAAUGUACGGACUCCUCUCGAUUAUUGUGUGACUUGGUCUACACGAUUAUUGUCCCGGCGCGGUCCUGACUUCAGGACGAUAAUCGAGAGGCGUCUGUAUCGGACGAUUUUGCAUUUGAACAACAGACAGUACAAAACGAACGGAAUCGAGCGCACGAUUGUGUUCUCCGAACCAUUGUGUUCUGAACGAAUCGUUGUGCAAUUCUCUUAGAAUACUAUUAUAUUAAUUAUUUCACGCGAAUGAAUGCAAUACGAAUACGUUCUUGUAUAUCUUUUAUUCGACCGUUAAUUAAAGGUUGAAACGUUGAA